GUGGGAUAUGACACAAAAAUACCUGGCAUCCCUCCAGCUGACAGCUUAAACAUCCCAUAAAAAAAGUUUUCAAGGGUGCUCUUGAUGCUUUCAGAGUUACUAAGCUACAAAUCUUGAAUUGGAGAAAUAGUACAAACAGUGAAAUUUUUAUAUAAUUAACAUAUUUUUUUUAAACUAUCAGUCUGGUAAUUGCAAGAUAUGCAAACAUGCGUGCUUUGGGAAUAUCAGUUAUUAGCCUGGCGUUGACGAGCCUGGUAUUAGGGAAUGCAUACUACCAGAAAAAGCAGUUCUAUCCAUCGGUUGUUUACAUUACCAAAUCUAAUCCGAGUAUGGCGGUAAUCUAUAUUCAAUCACUCGUGUUAGUUCUAAUGCUGGGCAAGUUGAUGAAAAAAGUUUUUCUGGGUACUCUACGUGCAGCGGAAUUCGAACACUUGAUGGAACGUUUCUGGUAUGCACUAACAGAAACAUGUCUAGCUUUCACCGUUUUUCGCGACGAUUUCAAUCCAAAAUUUGUGGCCUUAUUUACGGUACUAUUGUUUUUGAAGUCCUUCCACUGGUUAGCAGAGGAUCGUGUAGAUUACAUGGAACGAAGCCCUGUAAUUGGAUGGAUAUUUCAUUUGAGGGUCGCAGGUUUACUGGCAUGUCUAGGUGUGCUGGAUCAUCAGCUUAUCUCAUAUGCAUAUCAGUCCACUAUUGCUAAAGGUGCCACAGUUCAAUUGGUAUUUGGCUUUGAAUAUGCCAUUCUUAUGACGAUGGUACUGAAUACAGCCAUCAAGUAUAUGUUUCAUGCCGCAGAAUUGCGCUCCGAAACUCCUUGGGAGAAUAAAGCUGUGUUUUUACUGUACACUGAACUUAUAAUUGGGUUUAUUCGAGUAGUUCUCUAUGUUAUCUUUGUGAUAUUGAUGGUGAAAAUCUACACGUUACCUUUAUUUGCAUUCCGACCAAUGUACUAUACAAUGAGGAACUUCAAAAAGGCUUUGAAUGACGUAAUAUUAUCUCGUCGUGCAAUUCGAAAUAUGAAUACGCUUUAUCCAGAUGCCACACAGGAGGAACUGCAAUUGUCUGACAACAUAUGCAUAAUUUGUCGAGAAGAUAUGAUUAACAGCUCAAAGAAGUUACCUUGUGGUCACAUUUUUCAUACUGCGUGCUUGCGAUCUUGGUUCCAACGGCAGCAAACGUGUCCGACAUGUCGUUUAAACAUUUUAAGAACACCAAUUACGACCAUUCAUCCUAAUCCCGUUCAACCAACCGAUAGCGAAAUGAACAACCUUGUCAAUACAAACGAAGCAAACACAUCUACUGGCAUCGGCGCUUCCACAACAGCGGCAGCACAGUCGACUGUUUCCAGUACAUCAAACUCCGCAGCACUAGUCACUGGGGCUCCCUUGGUUCUCUCCCCACUUCCAUUUAUGGGGAUGCCUCUUCCGCCAGUUCCGCCAGCUUUAGAUACACUGACCGACGCAGAGCUCAGGGCAAUGGAAGGAAAUGAUCGUCACCAUAUUGAACAGCGAAUUAAGCAUCUCCAGAAUAUUCGUACCCUAAUGGAUGCCUCUGUUGCACUAAUGAAUCAGUACUCUGCCAUAGUUGCGCGGCUACCAACAGUGUCUGUACCAGUGGAAGGGAAUCCCUCUUCCAGUACUGAUACUGCAUCUAUAACACCAAUGGACAUUCCCGGCCCUUCGCAGAUGGAAACAUCUUCGGACACCAAACAAGAUAUAGUAAACAUUUCUUUGUCACGGAAAGUCAAAGCAACUGUGGCGGAGCUCGAAGACCUUGGUAGCGACGAUGAAUCUAUCACAGCCAAGGAUCACCUUCCUGACGCUUUUAACGAAUUGUUGAGCACACCCUCUCAGCAACAGUCUGUUGUGGCUACAUCCUUUGCAAGUAGUUGCAAUAGAAGUAAUGUCAUGUAUUCCGACGAUCCCGAAAAGAUUGAAAUUCGUCGCAGGCGCUUAGAAAAAUUUGGCACCCGAGCAAGCUCUGAUUAAAAAUUAAGUUCAUGAAUUUCUACGUGAUUUCUAUAUUAAACUAACUCGAUACUAA